UGAGGAGGAGAGACCGGGAAACUUCCCGAACCGGGCUGGGGCGACGCUGCCCGCACCUCUGCUCAUGGAAAACCGCAGGAUCAGCAUCCCGGAGCAGCCUCUGGCCGAUCCCCGGGACCGGGAUCCUCCUCCUCCCGUCAGGAUCAGCAUCCCGGAGCAGCCUCGGCGCUGCCGCGGGCUCAGCUCCUGCCAGCCCCGGGCGCGGCCGCUGGGCCCGAGGCUCGGGCCGGGCUUUGGGGGUGCCCCGGGCCCGGCUGUGCUGAGGCCGCUGCGGGUGCGGAGCCGCCGGGAUGGUGAGGCCGGGAUGAUCAGGCGGGCCCGGCGGCCUCUGAGGUUCGGGAGCUGCAGGGAGCAGCAGAUUUGGGCCCAGAUUGGCGGCGAGAAGCCGCAGCGCGGGGCCGGCACCUCCCAAGCGCUGGGCAGCCCCUCCCUGGGCUUGGCCCAGCUCCCCCCACCCUUUGUCCCGGGAUAAAAGGGCCCCGCGAGCAGCCUGGGCACGGCACAGCCGCUCCAGCAGCCCCGAGCCAGCAGCAGCCCCUGAGCUCCAGCUCCUCCGGCACCGGGACCCCCAGAGCCGCAGCCAUGGACAGAUGCAGAGCUCCGUGCUACGAGUACCCCUCGUGCCCCGACGUGCUGAAAGCCCCGAGGGAGGAGGUCGCCUACGUGACCUGCACCUACAGGAGCACGGGCAUCGAGCAGCCCGAUUUCCUGGCCACCGUGGACCUCAACCCGCGCUCCUGCCACUACGGCCAGGUGAUCCAGCGCCUGCCCAUGCCCAACCUCAAGGACGAGCUGCACUGCGCGGGCUGGGGCCCCGCCUGCGGCUGCUUCGAGAGCGGCGCCGCGGCCAAAAGGACCAAGCUGGUCCUGCCCGGCCUCAUCUCCUCCCGCAUCUACGUGGUGGAUGUGGGCUCCCAGUGCCGGGCGCCUCGCAUCUGCAAGAUGAUCGAGCCCGUGGAUGUGUUCUGGAAGUGCAACAAGGGUUACCUGGCUACCACCCACGCCCUGCCCAACGGCGACAUCCUGAUCGCCAACAUGGGCGACCCCGCCGGCAACAGCAAAGGUGGUUUCGUGGUGCUGGACGGAGAGACCUUCGAGCUGAAGGGGAACUGGGAGAACGAGUGUGAGGUUCCCCAUAGCGGCUGCGACUUCUGGUACCAAGCCCGGCACAACGUCCUGGUCAGCUCGGCCGGGCUGGCGCCCAAAGUGGCCGGGAGAGGCUUCAGCCCCGACGACUUCAAGAAAGGGGUGUUCGGCCGCCGCCUGAACGUGUGGAACUUGUCGUGCCGCAGCCUGACGCAGUGCUUCGACCUGGGCGAGGAUUCUCUGCCGCUCAACGUGCGCUUCCUGCACAGCCCCGAGGCGGCCGAGGGCUACGUGGGCUGUGCCCUGAGCGGGGCCAUCUUCCGCCUCUAUAAACCCUGCGAGAGAGAGAACUGGGCAGUGGAGGAGGUGAUCCGGAUCCCGGCCAAGGACGUGUCGGGCUGGAUCAUGCCCAAGAUGCCCGCCUUCAUCGCCGACCUCAUCAUCAGCCCGGACGAUCGGUUCCUGUACGUGAGCAAUUGGCUGCACGGGGACAUCCGGCAGUACGAGCUGGCCAGGAACUGCAAGCCCCGGCUGGUGGGGCAGGUGUUCGUGGGGGGCAGCAUCCUGCGAGGGGGCCCCGUCAGCGUCUGCAGGGACGAGGAGCUCAAGUGCCAGCCCGAGCCACUGGUGGUGAAGUGCAAGCGCGUGUUCGGCGGCCCCGCCGCGCUGCAGCUGAGCCUGGACGGGAAGAGGCUCUACGUGACCAACUCCUUGUUCAGCACCUGGGACCGGCAGUUCUACCCCAGCCUGGUCAAGGAGGGCUCGGUGAUGCUGCAGCUGGACGUGGACACGGACAAGGGCGGGCUGGCGGUGAACAAGAACUUCCUGGUGGAUUUCGGCAAGGAGCAGCACGGGCCGUGCCUGGCGCACGAGAUUCGCUUCGCCGGCGGCGACUCCAAAACCGAUAUCCUGGCCUGAGCGAGCCCCGGGAGCGCCGCCCGCCCCUCCCGGCAGCGCUGCCAGGCCCGGCCUCGGGGCUCCGGGGGGAUCCCGGGCGCUGGGGGGACCUGGAUGGGGCUUGGGGUGCGCUGGGUGAGGGUUGGGGUGCGCUGGGUGAGGGUUUGGGGUGUCCUGGGUGAAGGUUUGGGGU